UACUUAAAGAUCAAACUUAUUGCCGUUGGUCAGAAUGCUGCAAUGAGCGUAGUAUUAAGGGGGAUAUUGGAGAGCUGAGAAGAACACUGACGGAGAAGCUGUAUGGACAGCAUAUCGUCAUACAGCAGUUAAUUUCGGCGCUAGAAGCUCAUAUAAAUCCUCACAGUUCUUCACGCAAACCACUGGUGAUGAGUUUUCAUGGCACCCCGGGCACAGGGAAAAAUUAUGUGGCUGAUAUGAUCGCAGAGGCAUUGUACGAAAAAGGUGUGAACAGCAGAUUUAUUCACAAGUAUAGAGGAAGGUUGGAUUUUUCCAUAGAUAAUGAUGUAAAUAAGUAUAACUACCGCAUUUACUCUGACGUCACAAAAGGCAUUAACGAUUGUCCAUUGUCUUUGUUUAUUUUUGAUGAAGUAGAUAAAAUGCCGCAAGGAGUUUUUGAAUCGUUAACAUCGCUAGUAGAUUACAAUGGACUACCAGAUAAUUUGAGUGGCUCUAAGGCUAUUUUUAUUUUCAUUUCCAAUACGGCUGGUGUACAAAUUUCACAUCAACUGGCAAAAAUGCUAAAAAAUGGUGCAAUGCGUGAAAACAUCAAACUCAGUGCUUUUGAGCAGGUACUAGAGAAGGUGUCUUAUAACAUAGAAGGGGGGUUAAAGAAAGCUGGUUUAAUUGAAAAACACGUAAUUGAUCACUAUUUACCAUUCUUGCCGCUCGAAAAGCAGCAUGUUCUCAAAUGCAUAGCCGCAGAGUUUAAAAAAUGGGGCCGAGAUCCGAAGGAAGGCGUGAUAGAGUCAUUACUUCAAGAUGUGAUUACUUAUGAUCGGGAACACGGACUUUUUGCGACCUCGGGUUGUAAAACAAUAGAAAAGAAAGUAGCAACAGAAGUGUGGAUCAAUUGAAAGCCAGGGAUUUAUAUAUCAUUUUUAAUGCAUUUAUUUCUUAUAAAAGUCACACGAAAUACUAAAUAUACGUGUAUAUUUCGUAUUA